CGCACCGCGGAGCCUGGCUGCGGGGGCUGGGAGAGUGGUUAGGAAGAAGAGGAGGAGCACAGCCCCUCACCCUCGACUCAUAAGUCUAAUAGGAUCUACCCUGGGUGUCUCUGAGAGUGUGAACCUGCACCCCCCUCCCAAAGGGGAGGGGGGAGGAAUAGAAAGUCCCUUACUUCUCAGCCUGCCUGAGCGGGGACCGGUGUCUCUUCUAAAGGGUGAGGUGGCUUUGACCCCGGGUUGCCCGGCCAGCACGACCGACCGAGGAGGUGGCUGGACAGCUGGAGGAUGAACGGAGAAGCCGACUGCCCCACAGACCUGGAAAUGGCCGCCCCCAAAGGCCAAGACCGCUGGUCCCAAGAAGACAUGUUGACUUUGCUGGAAUGCAUGAAGAACAAUCUUCCAUCCAAUGACAGCUCCAAGUUCAAAACCACUGAAUCACAUAUGGACUGGGAAAAAGUAGCAUUUAAGGACUUUUCUGGAGACAUGUGCAAGCUCAAAUGGGUGGAGAUUUCUAACGAGGUGAGGAAGUUCCGUACAUUGACAGAAUUAAUCCUUGAUGCUCAGGAACAUGUUAAAAAUCCUUACAAAGGCAAAAAACUCAAGAAACACCCAGACUUCCCAAAGAAGCCCCUAACCCCUUAUUUCCGCUUCUUCAUGGAGAAGCGGGCCAAGUAUGCGAAACUUCACCCUGAGAUGAGCAACCUGGACCUGACGAAGAUUCUAUCCAAGAAAUAUAAGGAGCUUCCUGAGAAGAAGAAGAUGAAAUAUAUUCAGGACUUCCAGAGGGAGAAACAGGAGUUCGAGCGAAACCUGGCCCGAUUCAGGGAGGAUCACCCUGACCUAAUCCAGAAUGCCAAGAAGUCGGACAUCCCUGAGAAGCCCAAAACCCCCCAGCAGCUGUGGUACACCCACGAGAAGAAGGUGUAUCUCAAAGUACGGCCAGAUGCCACUACGAAGGAGGUGAAGGACUCCCUGGGGAAGCAGUGGUCUCAGCUCUCGGACAAAAAGAGGCUGAAAUGGAUUCAUAAGGCCCUGGAGCAGCGGAAGGAGUACGAGGAGAUUAUGCGUGACUAUAUCCAGAAGCACCCCGAGCUGAACAUCAGCGAGGAGGGCAUCACCAAGUCCACCCUCACCAAGGCUGAACGCCAGCUCAAGGACAAGUUUGAUGGGCGACCCACCAAGCCACCUCCGAACAGCUACUCACUGUACUGCGCAGAGCUCAUGGCCAACAUGAAGGACGUGCCCAGCACAGAGCGCAUGGUGCUGUGCAGCCAGCAGUGGAAGCUGCUCUCCCAGAAGGAGAAGGAUGCCUAUCAUAAGAAGUGUGACCAGAAAAAGAAAGAUUACGAGGUGGAACUGCUCCGUUUUCUUGAGAGCCUGCCGGAGGAGGAGCAGCAGCGAGUCCUGGGGGAGGAGAAGAUGUUGAAUAUCAAGAAACAAGCCACCAGCCCGGCUUCCAAGAAGCCCUCCCAGGAAGGGGGCAAGGGUGGUUCCGAGAAGCCUAAGCGGCCCGUGUCAGCCAUGUUCAUCUUUUCCGAGGAGAAGCGGCGGCAGCUGCAGGAGGAACGGCCCGAGCUCUCUGAGAGCGAGCUGACCCGCCUGCUAGCCCGAAUGUGGAACGACUUGUCAGAGAAGAAGAAGGCCAAGUACAAGGCUCGGGAGGCGGCGCUCAAGGCACAGUCAGAAAGGAAGCCCAGUGGGGAGCGCGAAGAGAGAGGCAAGCUGCCCGAGUCACCUAAGAGAGCCGAGGAGAUCUGGCAACAGAGUGUCAUCGGCGACUACCUGGCCCGCUUCAAGAAUGACCGGGUAAAGGCCUUAAAAGCCAUGGAGAUGACCUGGAACAACAUGGAGAAAAAGGAGAAGCUGAUGUGGAUUAAGAAGGCAGCCGAAGACCAAAAGCGCUAUGAGGUUUCUCCACAGAGAGAGCUGAGUGAGAUGCGGGCACCUCCAGCUGCUACAAACUCUUCCAAGAAGAUGAAGUUUCAGGGGGAACCCAAGAAGCCUCCCAUGAACGGUUACCAGAAGUUCUCCCAGGAGCUGCUGUCCAAUGGGGAGCUUAACCACCUGCCCCUGAAGGAGCGCAUGGUGGAGAUUGGCAGCCGCUGGCAGCGCAUCUCUCAGAGCCAGAAGGAACACUACAAGAAGCUGGCCGAGGAGCAGCAGAAGCAGUACAAGGUGCACCUGGACCUGUGGGUCAAGAGUCUGUCUCCCCAGGACCGUGCAGCAUAUAAAGAGUACAUCUCCAAUAAGCGUAAGAGCAUGACCAAGCUGCGAGGCCCAAACCCCAAGUCCAGCCGGACUACCCUGCAGUCUAAGUCGGAGUCUGAGGAGGAUGAUGAAGAGGAUGAGGAUGAUGAGGACGAGGAUGAAGAAGAGGAAGAUGAUGAGAAUGGGGACUCUUCUGAGGAUGGCGGGGACUCUUCCGAAUCCAGCAGCGAAGAUGAGAGCGAGGACGGGGACGAGAAUGAGGAGGAUGACGAGGACGAGGAUGAUGACGAGGAUGACGACGAGGAUGAAGACAACGAGUCCGAGGGCAGCAGCUCUAGCUCCUCCUCUUCAGGGGACUCCUCGGACUCUGACUCCAACUGAGGCUCAGUUCCCACCCAGGGCAGCCAGGGAGAGCCCAGAAGCUCCCCUCCCCAACUGACCACCUUCGUUUCUCCCCUGUGUCCUGUCCCCUGCCCCCUGGCCUCCCCCACUUUCUUUCUUUCUUUCUUUCUUUUUUUUUUUUUAAACAAAUACGGUGGGGGAAGGGGGCUAGAGGAGCCCAGGCCAGGACUCUGCAACAUCAGAGACAUCAGCCCUGGGGAUCCUCCAGGGACAGCAACCAUCAGACUGAGCCAGCACUGGACCAGCCGGCCCACCCCACCCCUCUUCUGCACUUGCGGUUCCGGCAUGGACAAUGGACCGGGGAGUGGGGUGGGGGGUCCCAAAGAGUUCAGCGAGGCCCUCCAUACCUGCAGCCCAGCCCACGGUGGGGUGGAAGCAUGGGGAGGACACCUCCCUUCCCAGAGGGGCUUGCCGCCUGGACCUCUACAUUGGAACUGGAGGCAGGGGACAUGGGGGGAGGAGGACGGUGCCUUUGAGAAAGCAGGCACUGCCCUGACAGCCCUCUCCCCUGCCCCCUGCAGGAAGGAGCUGCCUGGACCCACUCAUGGGGGAGGGGGCAGAAGUGUUUUUUAUAUAUGUGUAUAUAUUUUUUUUUUAAGCUCUGAGCUGUCAACGAGACGUUUCCUACCGA